AUCAUGCAUUCAAAAAAUGAUAACUCAGAGUUGUAAGCUGAAUUUAAGUGUUAUAUUUUGCCAUAUAAGUAAAAUCAAGUUUUAUUUUAUUUCUUAAAUUUUACUUAAACAUUAAGAAACACUUCCUAAAAAAUCUGUUUUAAAGUAUGUUAUAUUUUAAAACUGUCGUCAUAAAUAUUUUUUAUCAUUCAACUUAAAGAAUUAAAUAAGUUCAAGAAGCAUGGCAGAACAUGAAAACGUUCCAGAACUUGACGAUGCAGAAUUACCAAAGGUUAUGAGUAGUCCUCCAACUAUGUCUAUUAAAAUAACAAGUAAUAAAUUACAAAAAUCAUUUGAUAAAUUAGAAGAUGUUACUUAUGAUUCAGAUGAAUGUCAGAUUAUUUUACCUAAAUCUGAUGUAAUUGAUAUUAGUGAUGAUAAUAUGGACAAAGAUGAUGUAAAAGAAAAUAAAUCUAUUCAGGACAAUGAAUCUAUUGAAAUACAACCAAUUGAAAUAUUAAAAGAUAAACAACCUGAAACUGAAGUAAUAUCUGAAGAUGAAAUGCUUGUAGAUAGCAUGCCUAAAGAUACUGAAGCUGUAUCAGAAGAUGAACUACCUUUAACAACAUUAUCUGAUCAAACUGAAACAGUAUCUGAUGAAGAAUUACCUAAUGAAAGUGGUGUUAAAGGAACAAAAAGAUCUAAAAUGUUAGAAGAUUCAGAAAGACAUAAAAACAAAGAGGUUGAAUUAGAAUCACAGAUAAGUAAAAAAGCUAAAAUUGAAGAACCUAAACCUAUUACUGAGCUAGAUAAGUUUUGGCAGGCUGUUAAAAUUGAUCCUUCAGAUUUUGUUGGUUGGACAUAUUUAUUGCAGUAUGUUGAUCAAGAAAACAAUAUUGAUAAUGCUAGAGAAGCAUAUAGAAAAUUUCUUGCUCUUUAUCCUUAUUGUUAUGGAUAUUGGAGAAAAUAUGCUGAUUUUGAAAAAAGAAAUAAUGAUAAAGAAGAAUGUGAAAGAGUAUUUGAACAUGGACUUAGUUCUAUUCCAUUAAGUGUAGAUCUAUGGAUUCAUUUUACCACAUAUUUAAAAACCAAUCAUGCUGAAGAUAUUGAACGAAUUCGUAGUACAUUUGAAAAAGGUUUGAAAAUUUGUGGUCUUGAAUACAGGUCUGACCGUUUGUGGGAUCAUUAUAUAAAGUGGGAAAUUGAUCAAAAUAUGCUACAAAAUGCAUUUAGUAUAUAUAAUCGUUUACUUAGUACUCAAACUUUAGGCUAUCUGCAACAUUUUGAAAAUUUUAAAGAGUUUGUAAAUAAAAAUUCCUCUGAUAAACUUUUAAGUACUAAAGAGUUACUUGAGUUACGUCAACAAAUAUCUGAAGGAUUAAGAAUGACUAGUAAUGGAGAACUGUUAACUGAUGACUCUGCUCCACCUGGAGAAGAAGAAAAUAUACUUUCAUCUAAUAUAACUGAUAAAGAAGAACUCUUGAUAAAAGAAAAAAUUAUAGCAUCAAGAUUAAAAAUUCAUAAAGAAAUUAGUCAAGAAGUAGCCAAACGACAAACAUUUGAAGAAGGCAUUAAAAGGCCCUAUUUUCAUGUUAAACCUUUAGAAAAAUGUCAAAUUGACAACUGGAAAAAUUAUAUUGAUUUUGAAAAACAAUCAGGCGAUCAUGAACGAAUAGUUAUACUUUAUGAAAGAUGUCUAAUAGCUUGUGCUCUAUAUGAAGAAUUUUGGUUAAGUUAUUUAGAUUAUUUAGAGUCAUUGGAAUAUGACGUAAGUCAUUUAAUGGAUGAUUUGUAUAAAAGAGCUUGUUUAGUUCAUCAUUGUAAGGCAAUUAAACUACAUUUAAAAUGGGCAGCUUAUGAAGAAACAAAGGGAAAUGCAGAUAAAGCUGCUGAAAUUUUAGAUAAUUUGGAUAAAGCUGUACCUCAUAUGUUACAAAUAAUUUAUCGACGAAUAAAUUUGGAAAAAAGAAGAGGAAAUUAUGAUAAAGUAUGUGAUUUAUAUUCUCAUUACAUCAAUACUUCUCAUACUAAAUUUUUAACAUCUAAUAUUGCCAUAAAAUAUGCUCGCUUCCUUUGGAAAUCUGCAAGUAAAAUAGAUAAAGCUAUUGAAGUAUUAACAGACAUAAUAAAUAAAGAUAAAGACAAUAUGCAAGAAAAUGCUAGAUUACUUUUGCAAUUGGUAGAAUUAAAGAUGAGUAUGAAACCUUUGGAUGAAAAAUUUGUUAUUCAAACUUUUGAUGAUAUUUUAUCUAUGAGUAGUGUUAAUUUAGAGCAAAAAAUUUUAUUUUCUCAACGUAAAUUAGAGUUUAUUGAAAACUACACUGAAAAUCUUGAGUCAUUACGUAAAGCUAUAAAUGAAUUUAAAUGUUACUCAGAAUUGUUGGCCAAAGAAAAGAAAAAAGCAAUCGCUGUAGCAGAAGAAGAAAAAUCUCGAGUAGAAAAAGAAAUGAAAACAAAGCAAUCUCAAGAAUUGACUGUGUCGCCUAGUACACAGAGUACUACUCCAAAUUAUCAACAGUAUUCUUCAAGUGGGUAUUAUCCUCAACAGUAUACAUCAGGAUAUAAUCAGCCAUAUCAACAAUAUACACCAACAGGACAAGAUUAUACCUAUCAAUAUCAAAACUGGAGUUAUUCUCAACCAAACUAUAACCAGUCAUGGGGUUCAUAUAACUAUGGGAAUGGUUAUUAAUAUGUAUAUAACUUAAUUU